AUGAGAUUGCGCGAAGGCGAGGGAUUAUUAUUAUUCCUCGCGUGCAUACAGAGGGAAAGCGGUGCGAACACGUCGUCGUCGUCGGCGAGCAAGGUGUAUAAACACGCGUUAUUUCGGUCGGUCGGCGGAGGUCGCGUGUGCGAAGGGGGCGCGCGAUGCGGCGGCAGAGCGAGGCGGAAUCCAUGGCGACUAAUCGACCGGUCACGUAAGCAUGCGAAUGACAAACGAGCACGUGCGUUCUUCGUGAAAACGAAAACUUGA